UACGGCUGUCAGCUUCUUCUACCCUUCGCGGAAUUGCACCCACCGCGUUGGUGCAAGGCCCUGCAUAUUUGAUUGCCCAAAUCUAGAUUGUCUAGCUUGUGGACUCUCCGGAUUUAUAGAGCAACUCGACCGCGCGCUUCUCUCCUGGAUCGAUCAUCGAACAUUUCACAAACAUGUCUCCGCCCGUGAAGACUGACGCCGAGCAAGUUUCUGACUCCGAAGAUUGGACCAAACUAUCCGACAUCAAUGAGAGGCGACGGGUACAAAAUCGUCUCGCACAGCGAAGUCGUAGGAAGAAAUUGAGACUGCUCGAGAGGCGGGACAGCCAGCGUGGGACACCAGCCGCAGAAUCCAAAAGCCCAGAGCCCCCAAGGUCUUUUCGUGAUAUCGAAGAUUUGUUAAACCAUAUCGACCAAACCAAAAUUCGUCUACAAGAGUAUCUUUCCAAGCCAACAAAGGUUGUGCCGGAAGCUCCUGCUGCAGAUAUCAACAUCUGGGACCCCUGUUUGAUUCAAAGCCUGGACGAAAAUGACCUGGAUGAAUUGUUCAAGGGUCUUGAUCAAAUGCCUACUCCAGAUAUCAAAUCCCCUGACCCGAUUGGCAUUUCGACGGACUACUUCGGUGAUAUGGCAAUGACAAACAAUAGCGCUGGACAAAAAACUCCAAUGUUCGGACCUCUGAUGACGCCACCGGUUAGUGUUUCUUCAAGACCUUCAGCAUCCAGGAGUGACUCAGGGCUGCAGCAAAGAAAUGACGUCUACAACAUGAAUGGAGCAAGUGACGUCUUCUCCCUCAAUAAUAACGACCAUGGCAACACCGCUUUGCAUAUCGCAGCUCGUGACCGUCAUCACUCCAUCAUCCGCCUUCUGGUGGAGACAGGCACCGACAUCAACUCAUCCAACAAUUAACAAAUGACUGCUCUCCAGAUUGCGAUCACCUCUGCCAACAUCACCACUGCGCAAUACCUUUUGGGCUUGGGCGCUGACGUUUCGGGAAGGACUUCAAGUGGAGAUACAUCACUGCAUCUUGCCGCUCGCAUUGGUGAUGUGAGUCUGGUAGAAUCAUUACUCCAGCGUUCCGUGGGUCUCAAUGCGAAAAAUCACUGCGGUGAGACAGCACUGCACGCUGCUGUAUCGGCAGGCCACGAAGAUGUAGUCAGAUUGAUGUUAGCAAGCGGUGUUGACUCGCAGGUUAAGGUCGGAGUCACUGCUCCCAUGGACGAUGGGUUUGAUUGGAGUUCAAUCAUGGAAGUGUAACUUUCUUGUGUUUGCCUUUGGAGAAGCAUCUAUCUUUCAUAUCGAUCUUGCAUUUGGCGCUUUGCACAUUGGAACCAGGGUCGCGAGGCAGUCAGGCGUUUACAAUGAAUAUUUAUCGUUCAAC